AUGAAGGAAACUCGGCCGAGCCUCUACCAGGAGCUCCUAAAACGAGCUUUACUUGUGUCCAAGGAUAUUAAACAGAUCGAUUUGGACAUCAAUCGCACUUAUCGUGAUCAUUUGGCGUUCCGGAGGCGUUACGACGUGAAGCAGCAGUCAUUGUUAAAUGUUCUAGCUGCAUAUGCAAUGUAUAACACUGAAGUUGGAUACUGCCAAGGUACGGAUUUCCUUCAUUUAUAA